AUGCCAGAAUGGUCUGAUCAAACUCCAUCAACAAAUGUUUUUUGUGAUGAAAUCGAUGAAAUAAUGAAACAUGAACAUGAAGAUGUUAUAUUACUCGAUGAUUCUUUAUAUGUUACACCACUUGAUUUUGACAUAGAUUCCAUAUCUGAUUUACUUGAAAAUCCCUCAUCAACAGGCACAACAUCAAGUUAUACUCAACCAUUGGAUAUAAAUGAUCUUUCAACAACGCCUACAACAUUUACAAAUAAUAAUACUAAUAAUAGUUCUCAAUCAAAUACAACAAGAACAUCAGGAUAUUCAUCAUCUGAUAUAAGUCCAAAAUUUAUAACAUUAAGUUUAAAUAAUAAUCAUUUUAAACAAUUUGUUCAAUCAAGUAAUUUAAACCCACCACCUUAUGUUCAACAACAACAACAACAACAAGAGAAUUCUAUUCUUGGUCGAUCAUAUCCAUUUGAAAUACAAAGUCAUACAAAUGGUCCAUCCGAUGUUAAACGUUUUCGAUCAGCUAGUAUGAAUGAAGGACCAACAUCACAACAACAACAUAAUAAAUUCGAUUCUCAUUUAUUCGAUCCAUAUCGUUUGAGAUCUGCAACUUAUAUCGAUCCGUCUUCGUAUCAAGAUAAAGUAACGCCUCCAACUGAUGUUUCAUCAAAUCAAAUAUGGGCUAUCGUUAAUAAUAUUCGACCAACAUCAAAUUCUUUUUCUGAAGUUGAAAAUCAAGAAGAAUCAGUUCGUACAAAUCGAAAUUUAUCAUCAUCUUUCAAUGGUUCAUCAGCAAUACAUCAACGUAAUCAAGCAAGAUUCCCAAAUGAAAUCAAUAUUCAAUCACAAACAUUAUAUUCACUAAAUCAAUCAGCAAAAGAAGAUUCAACGUAUAAAACUCGAAAACGAUUAUCUUUAGUUGAUUUUCCUGUUCCAGAAAUCAAAGAUGAUCCUCAUAGUCCAACUGACACUAUCGAACAACAAAGUGAACCGGAUCUUUGGUCCGAUAUUGAACAAAACUCUUCUGAUCAUAUUCAAGAUAAUGAUAUUACAUCAGAUGAUGAAACAACUGUAUCGGCAAGUUUAAGAAAAUCAUCUGACACAAAUUCAUCAGCAUCAUCCCUUUUUUGGCAAUAUAAUGUUCAAUCAAAAGGACCUAAAACAAAACGAAUACUUUAUUUAAAAGAGCGUGAUCCACAUUUAUAUCGUGAAUUUAGUGAUCCUGUUUAUCAAAUAAAAUUAACACAAACAAAAGGACAAACAUUUAAUAAACUUAGAAAAGGUGAUGGAAAUGAUGUUACACCAAAUCCAACGAAACUAUAUCAACUUGGUAAACAAAUUCGUGAUCUUUCAAAUAAUUCAGCAUCUGUUUAUCAUGGAAUAUAUCAUGUUGAUCAUCAUACAAAUAGUAAUGAUACAAGUGAAGUUAAAAAACAAAAGAAUAAGAUUGCUAGCAGAGCAUGCCGACUUCGUAAAAAAGCUCAACAUGAAGCAAACAAGCUUAAACUACAUGGCCUCAAUGAAGAGCAUAAAUCAUUAAACGAUCUAAUUGAAGCAAUAAAAUUAAUUAUUCUUAAACGAUAUCACAAUGGUCAACUUAGGUCACCAUCAUCAUCCCCAAGUCAAUCACUGGAAGCUGCACUUGAUCAACUUAUUGCUAAAAAAUACAAUCAACCAGUAGCUGGUAAUACUGAUGGUUUUGUCCAAACAAUAAUAAAUGAUAUGGAACGUUUACAUACUCUCAAAGAACAACGAAGUUAUAGUCUUAAUAUUUAA